CGACUCUUUACCACCCACCAACUGCCGCACUCAGACCGAGCAGAGCAGCGUAUGAGCAAUGCUAAGAACAACGGCCACUCUCUCUCACAUCACCCUUCACAACCCCAACACUCUCAAACCCUUCCGCUCUCUUUCACUACACAGACCCCUCUGCUUCUUACCCAAAAACCCCAGAAAGUUUAUCACCCUCAGGCCCUUUUCUGUCUCAUCCACUCUGCCCCAAACGUCUUCCUCUUCAAUCUCAACCCAUGUCGACCUCGACCCAUGUUAUCUCUCCUGUUCAAUGCCCAAUAAACGUCUCAAAGUUGCUGUUCUUCUCAGUGGGGGCGUCGAUAGCAGCGUCGCUCUCCGCUUACUCCACGCCGCCGGACAUUCCUGCACCGCUUUCUACCUUAAAAUCUGGUUCCAAGAAGACUUUGAAAACUUUUGGUCUGAAUGUCCGUGGGAAGAAGAUUUGAAGUACGCAAAGGCUGUUUGUGAGCAGGUGGAUGUACCACUGGAAAUUGUGCAUUUGACAGAUGAAUAUUGGAAUAAUGUGGUCUCGUACAUAAUAAAAGAGUACCGAUGUGGUUGUACCCCUAAUCCAGAUGUUCUUUGCAAUACGAGAAUAAAAUUUGGUGCUUUCAUGGAUGCCAUCUCGAAUUUGGAAUUUGACUUUGUUGCUUCUGGACAUUAUGCAAAAGUUGUUCACACAUUUAGUGAUCAAACAGAUGGGCCUUCUGUUUUGGAACUAUCAAGAGAUAUGGUCAAGGAUCAAACCUAUUUCCUUUCACACCUCUCACAGGCUCAGCUUAGACGACUUAUUUUCCCUCUUGGAUGUAUCCCAAAGGACGAUGUCCGCAAACUUGCCAAAAAAUUUGAUUUACCAAACCAGGAUAGAAAGGAUUCACAAGGAAUAUGCUUUCUUGGGAAGAUAAAGUUCAGUGAAUUCAUUGCAAAACACAUUGGGGAGACAGAAGGUGUAAUAUUGCAGGCUGAGACAGGAGAUUUUCUUGGGAAACACCGGGGUUUUUGGUUCUACACAAUUGGCCAACGCCAAGGUUUACGGCUCCCUGGAGGGCCCUGGUAUGUCGUCGAGAAAGAUGUUAAAAAUAAUGUAGUCUUUGUAUCAAGGGACUAUUUCUCAGUUGACAAAAGAAGGCGGUUAUUCAGUGUCGGAUCCUUGAAAUGGCUUAGCAGGUCGCCUCCUAGCCAGAUCAAUCGGCUUGUGUGCAAGGUCCGACAUGGCCCUGGUUUUUACAAUUGCACCUUGACAACAAAAGUUGAUGAAAAUGGCCAUGAAGUUGCGGAAGUCCAGCUCUCUGAAGAUGAUCAGGGUCUGGCAGCUGGGCAAUUUGCGGCCUUCUAUGAUGGAAUAACGUGCAUUGGCUCUGGCGUGAUCUUGGAGUCCUGGGAUGAUCGGGGAUUUCCAAUCUGUGAACGGGCUCUUGAAAUUGCAAGAAUGGAAGAUAAAUCAAAGCUUGGCACACCAGUGAAGAUAAAGGUAAAACCAGAGACUUCUCUAAAGGAAUCUCAGCAUAAAGCUGGCAUUGAGCUUGGCAUAAAAUCGGUUGAUUCUCAAGUUACCGUCAAUGAUGAAAGAAAAGCAGCGUCUCUACAUGAAGCAACCUCCAGUUUUCCGAUAAACUGGCUGCAAAAGAUCCGAGAAAAGUUGUUGCAUGUAUUCUAG